UCAUCCCAUUCAGAUGAAACCUGCAGAUAGUGAAAAGUCCAACGCAUUUGCACAGAUGAAAGACUCAAGGUUUCUUCAGCUCCAAAAUACCAGUUCAGCUGUGGAAGACAGAAAAUUGUUCAUAGGAAUGGUUUCGAAGAAGUGUAAUGAGAACGAUAUCAGAGUGAUGUUUUCUCCAUUUGGCCAGAUAGAAGAAUGCCGAAUCCUUCGGGGACCGGACGGACUCAGCAGAGUGCACAGCUUCAAUAUGGAAUCUAGCCGAGGCUGUGCGUUUGUCACGUUUUCGACAAGGGCAAUGGCACAGAAUGCAAUCAAAGCUAUGCACCAGUCCCAGACCAUGGAGGGCUGUUCUUCACCAAUUGUCGUGAAGUUUGCUGAUACCCAAAAGGACAAAGAGCAAAGACGUUUACAACAGCAAUUGGCACAACAAAUGCAACAGCUCAAUACUGCCACUUGGGGAAACCUUACUGGCCUUGGAGGAUUUACCCCACAGUACCUGGCUAGAUUAGACAUUAAUAUGGAUUUACAGCAUCGACUCUGGGGACCUUCAUUCCAACACCAGGCAGAAGCAAGAGACUGUAUAAAUCUUCUGCAGCAAGCAACUUCCUCCAGUAACUUGGGCGCCUUUAGUGGCAUUCAACAAAUGGCUGGAAUGAAUGCUCUACAGCUGCAAAAUUUGGCAACUUUAGCAGCUGCAGCUGCUGCAGCCCAGUCCUCAGCCAACACCACCAAUGCGAAUCCGCUCUCCACAGCAUCAGGAGCCCUUGGUGCACUCACAAGCCCAGUGGCUGCAUCAACAGCAAAUUCCACAGCUGGGGCGGCAAUGAAUUCUUUGACUUCUCUGGGGACUCUACAAGGACUAGCUGGAGCAACGGUUGGAUUGAAUAAUAUUAAUGCACUAGCAGGUACCGUAAACAUUGCUCAAAUGCUCUCAGGUAUGGCUGCCCUGAACGGAGGACUCGGUACAACAGGCUUGACCAAUGGUACAGCUGGCACAAUGGAUGCCCUCACCCAAGCCUACUCAGGAAUACAGCAGUAUGCCGCUGCGGCGCUGCCCACGCUAUACAGUCAAAGUUUGCUACAACAACAAAGUGCUGCAGGCAGCCAGAAAGAAGGUCCAGAAGGAGCAAACCUUUUCAUUUAUCACCUCCCACAAGAGUUUGGUGACCAGGACAUUCUCCAGAUGUUUAUGCCUUUUGGAAAUGUUAUUUCUGCUAAGGUCUUCAUUGACAAACAGACUAAUCUGAGCAAGUGUUUUGGUUUUGUUAGCUAUGACAAUCCUGUCUCUGCACAAGCUGCGAUACAGGCGAUGAACGGCUUUCAAAUUGGCAUGAAACGCCUGAAAGUUCAGCUGAAGCGCUCAAAAAAUGACAGCAAACCUUACUGACCGUUCUCCCAGAAGCUUUCUGCUCUUAAUUUAGAUUUCUUAGGACAUCUUCAUGCCCGUUAGUUCAUCGUUUGCCUAGCAUGUCCCUGUGACGUCUUUAAAAAGUUUCAUCGUCCCGUCAUUGUUUCUGAUGUCUUUCUGACCUCACAUCAUAAUUUGGUUCUCCUACUGAUCUUUGAUCUAUAGUUUGAACCUUUGAAAUUUGCAUGUGACCUCAUCUAGCUAUAUGAAUUCUGGGAAGUCAAUGUGAAAAGCAUUGCUGCAUUUAUGCAAGAUCAAAAUUUAUUCGUAGUCAAAUUAAUGAUAGGAGUAUUAAAACACACACACACACACACAACCUGUGGCAAAAUGUUUUGUUAAAGUUUUCGGUGUUCCUUUUUCCCUUUUCCCCCCUUUUUUUCUUUUCUUUUUUCUGUUGAAAAAAAAAACAGACUUGAAAGUAUUAGACAGAGGCUGGCAUUAUGGCUGGUCUCUUAAUGACAUAGCAAUAUGUGUCCACAGGCACAGAAUGUUGGUUUCUAACAGACUACUUCCGAAAUAGUUUGAAAUGAAGAACUGUCUGAUUUUAAGUCUCUAGAGGUCUGUAAUAGUUUUUACAUUUUUCAGGCAGUGUAAAGUUUUUUGAUAAGGCCAUUUUAGGUGGCUCACUUUCUCAUUAAGAAUAUAUAUAUAUAGAACCACUUUUUGUAGAUUAGUAUAAAAAAUAUUUACCCUGUUUUAGGGCAAAUGCUACCUAUUUGUCACCUUUUGCUGAACUGACUCACAAGUUAGACAAUCCAUGAAUUAAUGCACAUGAAAAUUACCUAUAUUUUAUACUGUUUUGAUGUACAGGAGAAAGGUUAUUGUAAGCUACUGUUUCAUUUGGUGCUUUUGUGAAUUAAGUUGUGGUCUCAUCAUUGGGGGGGUUCCUCAUGAUCUUUAAGUGUUCUGUGUUUAUAAACAACAGGUUUGAAAUUGGUUUUUACUUGAACAUCAACAACAGAACAAAAAAAAUGAAUUUCAAAAAAUGAAAAAAGUUGUUUGCUUAAAAUUUAAAAAAAAAAAAAAGUUUUCAUGUGAAAAAUAAAAACUAUUCCAGACUAAGUUUGUGUUGGCUUCUGUGAGGCAUUGAUGUCAAUUUUUUUAAAAUUAUUAUUGUGGACAAUUUCGAUGUGUUUGUGUUCAGCAAAAUGUGAUUCAGUUUUCCUUUUAAAUAAAUAAAUAAGAAGAACUCGGUGGGGGGAAAAACUUAGUGCCAAAUUCCAAAGGUACUUCUCUUCCUAGAGCUUCAGUGUGUUUCUUGUGUGAAGUAAUUUGAUAACAUGGGUAUUUUAUUAUGUGUUUUGUAUAAAUCCCUAAUAUUUAAAGGAAAAAAAAGAGGUUAAAAAGUUUGUUAACUUGCUAUCCUGUGGUCUUGUUGCCUGAAAUUGUUGUUGUUUGUUAUUUCUCUUGGAUGUUUUUUGUAAAACAUUGUAUAAGUGCCCAUGUUUCCCUUUUCUAACCAUUCUGCGCAUCAAUGCUGUGAAUGCAAACCUCACAAUGUAAUUUCCUCAUAAUGUAUGGAAACCUCUAAGGUGAGAAAGUUUUGAACUUUUAACCCUUUCCACCCAGAGCUGUCUUGAGUGUUAAUACUUUUAUACAUUCACCAUUUUGCUGUUUAUUUUUAUAUAUACAUACACACACGCACGCACACACACAUGCCUAAUUUUUUGUGCUUUAUUUAAUACAUGGUUGAAAUCAGAAAAAUGCACAGGGCAGAUCUGAAGGACAAAAAAAUAUUUUACUGCUGUUUAAAUUUCUUCUGUAUCUAUAACUAAAAAAAUAUUUAAAAUAGAAAUUGUAGAUCUCCUUUGGGUUUUUUUUUUUUUAAUCUUUUCUUAAAAAGAGCCUUUAAUAUGCUGCUGGAAUAUGAUAUUCAGUAUUUAAAAAAUAAAAAUAAUCCUUUAAUUAUGUAUUGUGUAACCACUCCUAGAUAGGAGACGUUAACCCACAAUUUGAAAUCAUGAAGAAAAAAAUAUUUUUGUAAGAAAAAGAAAUGAACUUUUACUUAAGUCCAGUGCACUAGAACUUCCUGGAUGAAACUUCCUUGUGCACUGCAACUAACUUUUUACGGAUGAGGUUUACACACGUCUAAAUGCUCUGAUGUGUUAGCUGCCAUAUUUGUAAUAUAUUGGUACAGAUGCAAUAGAUACAAAUUAGAUACAGCGGUAUCUUUUGUUAGCAGGAUUGAUUUCUGUUAGUUGGCGAACAUGCAGGCUUCUGGUUUGUAGUGAAUGCUUGAAAGGCAGAAGCGAAAGAUGGCAGUCCGUCAGGCUGAGAACAAAUUGCAGUAGCGCGCAGUCUGUUUUCGUGAGGGCAGACCUUUAGGGCUUCUGGAUGCAAGCUGUUGAUGCUCUGAGAAGCGGUAGCAUGCACGGUGGUUUACAUGGAGGGGGGCCUCCACUGAUGUGAGACUGGCGCUGCCCCCCAUGACACGAUGGGGUUGCAGUAGGUCCUGGGAAGCUGAGCUGAUGACUAUCAGCCAGGCUCCUGUUCCAGAGGAGAUUGCAAAAACGGUGUUUCCUCUGGAGCUGUGGGACAGAUGGUGUCCUACUUGAGGGACUUGCAGGACUUUCCACCUUGCCCUGUCUCCCAGUCCUGGGAUUUCCCAUGUGAUCCCUGCGGUGAAGGCACCACAGGCCCUUGUCACCUUUUCCUUUUCUUCCUCAGCUCUUCAUAGCAGCAGACGGGACCCAGUUGCUCUUUUCAAAGCUUUCCUUUCCUACAUUGCAAAAAGAAAACUUAGUGAGGGACAAUCCAGGAAGGUAGCAAAAUGGUGUCUUGCUGCUGUUUUUAGCAUUCUUCCAUUAAGCAUUGCUAGUCUUCAUCUAGCCCCAUCUCAUGUUUUCCAACCAUGUGCAUAGGUCCAAAACCUAGAGUUUCAAAGAUGAUGGGUCAGGGUCUCAUCCCAAGGCGUUCUAGUCCACACCUUGGAAGAGAACCCCCAUGUGGGUUUCAAGCCAUACUCCUGAUUUUCUUCUCCGCCCCUCUCCUCCCUGCACCGGAUGCACCCCUUUUUUCUUUGUUUAAUUCAGUACAGGAAGCUGGCCAGAAAUGCUCCCCAGCUUUGCAGUGAAGACAGGGCAGCCCUUUGCUCUGAGCAUUUCAUGGGCAUGCCAUGCUUGGUUCUGAACAUCAGUGGCAUUCUUAAAUGCAACAGGGAGCAUUGCUAAAUCAGAGCUUUCUGAUCCACCUGCCAUAUAUAUUUCAGAACGUACAUAGCUUUUUCCAUUCGACACAGCUACUGUGUUUGCUGCAGCUGAAUUACAAGGAGACACAGGCCCAGGCUUCGUGUUGGGAGACAUAGCUAGUUAGGAUGUCUUGGCCUGGGCCCUCAAGUGUUCAGAAAUUCAGAAAAUCACACCUGCCAUUCAUAUUUUAUGUAGUUACACUAUGGCAGAAAUGUUGGGAGAAGAGGAGCUCAAAUAGGGGAGGCAAUUCUGGAGCAGGUGUUUAGGAUUUUUUUUUUCUAAAGUGGGUAAGAAAAGUGAAGUCUUACCCUUACAAUACAAAGAUUGUGGCAUUUUCCAGAGGUGUCCACAGGGUAUGGUCACAAGAGUCAAGAUGGUGACUGCAACAGGGCACAUGAAAAACAGAACUUCGGUUGUCACAGCCAUCUUGACUUUUGUGCUCAUACCCUGAGGACACCCCUGGUAUUUACUAUGAUGCAAUCCUUUGUGUGCCACAGCUCAUUCCAUAAGCAGCAUGAAGCCACAGGCUGAGCUAACAGUACAUAUGCUGUACAUCCACAGCGGAAGGCCCUACAGCUCACAAAAGUUUGUGCCAUCGUAAAUAUGAUCAUCUUUAAGAUGCUGCAAGACUUCACCAUUUCUACUCACUAAAAACAUGACAUGGAAAUGCCACAGAGGACUUGUGAUCAAUUUUGCUACAACAGUCUAACCCCAUAAGACAGUUACAGAGUUUGUAUGUUUAUUGUUCCUGCUGAGUUCUGUUCACUUAAUAGCCACAGCGUUCCCCUGAAGUAGGUAGAGGUGGAGUCCUUGGGGUUCUCUGAGUUUGGUUGUUUUCUUGCAGACGUUUCAAACAACCAUCGAACAACCAUUUCUUGCAGACGUUGCAAACAACCAAGGUCAGAGAACCCCAAGGACUCCACAGUUCAACCCUGAGCUACAUAUAUUCUCUUCUAUUGGUUAGAUAGAAGUGUUCUGCAUAACUCAGAAGCUUGCAUGGUCCAUCAGUAGAAAGCGAUCAAACAUAAAGGUAGUUGCUUAGCUAUUUUGUAUCUCUUAUUAUCUGUUUUAACAAUAUAUGGGCACAACCCUGCAAGUAUUUACUGUACUACUAUCUGUUCACAUCAAGCAGAGGAAAAGUUCUGCAGAUCCUUAGAUUUUACAGAAUAACAACCAGGAAACUAGGGAAUGAAAACACUUCACUGCCUUUUUUUUUUUUAAGUUAGAUUAAACAGAAUAGCAUUCCUAUUCAUAAACUAAAUUUUGGUAUUCUGUAGUGGCAAAUAUAAACCUCUUUCCAAGCCAAGAUUAUUUCAGCAGCUUUUCAUGCUACUGAUAAAAAGUGCCACAAUCAUUUCCUAUUGUCUUAUCCUUUUUACUCUCAUUUAAAACAUCUCCCAAUUUCCUCUUUCCCUCAAUCUCCCAUAUAAAUUAUUUUUAAAAGGCAGGUGAUAAUCUACCCCAUUUGCUUUUACAUUCUUUUUUGGGGGGGGUAUGCUUAUUUUUAGAGAAACCCUUGGACAGCAAGGACUAAAAUCCAAAUAAUGCAGAGAGGGAGAGAAGAAAGCAAAGAGAAAAAGAAAAAAUUGUAAAACUCACACACAUUCUCAGUUAUACAUAAAUGCUCCAUGAUUGUCUCAUUGUUUCUUCUUCUUCUGGGGCCUUGCUGAAUCCUUGAGGGCUAACUUUGUACUUCUUGCAUGCAUUUUCCUUGCUGAAUUAUCACAUGCACAGUAAUAUGAUGUGAGAUCUUUAACAUUUGUCCAGGACCUUGUUCAGCAUCUAAAAUUUCCCAGAUAAUUAUGCUUUGAAAAAAAAAAUCAGAUCCCAUGUAAGAAAACUGAUACUCCAACCUCCUUUCACCUCAACAGGGCUUGCAUCAAAACCCCAUCCAAAACUUGUAAAAAUGGCAGCAACGUGUGUAAUUAACAGUACAUGUGGCCAGCACAAUUAUGAAUACUUUGUCCUGCCACGCGCUGGUACUAAACUCCAUAACUUCUGGAAUUCAUAUGAAUUUGCACCUGUCCAAUGUGGGAAGCUUUUCUCUCUCCCUCCCUGCCAGCCCCAUUCCUCAUUAUUUACCAAGCAACGUUCAUUUUACAGCACCAAGGGAACUCUUGAUUUUAAAGAGAAGUUCAAUUUGCAAUCUUAGCCCACUUUCCGAGGGACAAAGAAUUGGGAGGCAAAGAAGGAACAGGCAUAAACAGGAAACAAAAGUUGCCACUUUCUCGACAAUUUCCACCCCUGAAAAGACACACCGCUGCUGCAUUUGCAGCAUAAAAGAUUGCAAGGAAAACCAGCUAGCAAAAUUAUAGCUUCACACCAAGGCCUUUACUAAUGCACUGCACUUGCUGUACACGAGUUCUUCAUAUAUAAAAGAUGAAACAUUGAAGGGAAGCUGUGAAAGUGCAAAGGGCUUUUAUUUGCAGAGGAAGAAAACAUAACAAUAAACAAGCCAGGAAUGAUUGCAUUUCAAAAUUUAACUCCAAAAGCACAAAGCAGUAUUUUUCCAACCAAAUUAGUUCAGUUAUGUGAAAUGGCCAUAUUCAAAGGAGUAACAAGUUCAUCUUUCUUUCACCAUAGGGGUUAUUUCUCGGCUUGUGCUACUCUUUGGAUCAUUUUGCUGUUUCUGUUUCUAUUAACUUAAGUGCUAAUUAACAAAAAAAAUUAAGUAAUUUCAUUGUUUUUCUAAAUAAUGUCAUAUCCUGUGUACCAGAUUUUGGGGAGGGGGGAGGACGUUGUGCUGUGAGAAAUUGUUGUUUGUCAACUAACAACAACUUUUUAAGUUGAGAGCAUCAAAAACUUGGGAGAUGGUCCAUUCAUAUCACAGAUGUGGCAUCCAUACUCAGAGAAUUCCUCCUGGCUCAGCAGAGAUCAGUGUUGCUCCAUGGAAGUUACUCCUGGACCCCUAAAUUGUCUUAAGAGGGGAGGGCCUUCCCGGGACUACUGGGCCCUUCAACAUCUGGGCAAGUUCUGCAAUCAUGUGCAGAAGGAAGAAAGCAGAUGUUUCUUCAACCCUCUAUGAAUUCUCAGUGUAUGGAAGCUGAGCCUGUGGUACAAAUGGAUUAUAGCCUAGGGUUUUGUUUCUUCCUAUUUUCUUUUUGUCUAAGAAAAGCCAAAGUUACUGCAAUGUAGUGAGAAACUGUAAGACUAUUUGAGUAUUGUUUCUGUUUUGUUGAUGCAUUUGGAUUUUGCUGUUUGAUGGAAUUUGAGCCAAAAGCAAAAUGGAAAACAAUAUGAGGAAAAUAAAACCAACCAGCCAACCACAGGCUUUCCUACUUAUAAAACUUGAUUGUAUGUACGCAUUUUGUACCAGUGCAACUUUUUAUACUGGAGAUUUAAACAAAAAUGGGAAAAAUAGUGGCUUACUCUUGUGGGGCCCCCAAUCAUAACUGUUUUUCAGGUUUGAUUUCCAGUUGGUAGAAAGAAAGUUGGCUUAGUUUAGAAAAUUAAAAAACAAACAAACUUUGGCUUGGUUUAAUUAUUUCCAUUUGCUUAUAUUUAGUGUUUAGAAUUUUGUCUUUUAAAACACGCGGUAAGUUUCACUUUUUAUUCUGUAUUGUGCAGUUUCACAAUAUAACAAUAAAUUAGAAUUUAGGAGUACACAGUCACUUUAAGUGGAUAUAUGUAUUAGGGUUGUUUUUUUUUUUUUUUUAAAGUAGGGUUUGCUUUUUUGCUGUUUAGAUCAAAAGGUUUUUCUGAUUCUUCUGUCUUCAUUGUGAACAUAACCGUGUAGUUGAAACAGUCAAACUUAUUUUUGUAACGUAUGUUAUUGUGUGAUGCAGUUUUUUGCUUCUGUCUCCAAUAUUAAACCAUUUUCCUAA